AUGUCUCUGCAAAUAAUCUCCGUCCUCCCAGCUUUUGAAGAAGCUACGCGUUGCCUGCAGGACGACCCGUUCCACGGCUGCUGCGAGCUUCUUACCGCUUCUCACGCCAUCCCUCCAGCGCCUCCUCUACCCGUCGACGGGUUCUCCACUAAGCCAACCGCGAUCCAAGACACAGAUUCCGGUUGCGGCUCGCUGGGUAAAGAUUCCUACUUUGACGACCUGCCCGGCUGCAAUGUGACUGACAGCGAGUUUAGAGAGAGCUUUGCCGUCUCCGCGGCCUCUUCACGCAGAAGCAGUUCGUCGCACGGUCUCGCGAUCCUUCUAAACGUCGAAGAAGACGUGGCCGUAUCUCAGAGGAUACCCGAGCCCCCACCACCUCCACCGAUCCAGUUCUUUAUACCGCGAAUCGCUCCCGUGAUCCUAGAACCAGAGCUAGAGAUAACUCCUCAGCGCCCGGAGCUCAACUUCCCAGUGCGAGCGUUCCGCCGCUACCUCAGCGACGACAGCGACAUAUCGAGCCUGUACGGGUCCCUUCAACGCAUCAGCGCCGCUGGAAGAGACGAAAACAGUGGCCUGUUUCCUACGAGCGCCGCUGCGGUGCUGCGACGAGAUCGUUUGCUCGACGUGUCUAGCGACGACGAUCACCACGCGCUGAGCGACGGACUCAUCGAGUUCCCGUGCCCAAACCCCGAGUGCAGCGACCCCAUUGGUCGACCUGAAGUCCUUCGUCACCUCACGGCAGAAGAGAAGGAGCGAUACGAGAGACUCAGAGUCAACGCCGAGAGCGACGGCAAGCGAAAGACGUGCCCGCACUGUUCGCACAUCACGGAGCACCACCUACCGCGGAGGGGACGAUUCCGUAAGCGUCCGUUUCGCGAGGAAGAGGUGAAGAUCGUCUGCGAAAACUGCCGCAUAGAGUGGUGCUUCCAGUGCCACGCGCCCUGGCACCGUGACAUGACCUGCAAAAUCUUCAUACGGGGCAACAAAAUGUUCCAAACGUGGACCAAGGAGCGGCCAAACGGAGUGGCCAACUGCCAAAAAUGCCCGACCUGUCGUGUGUUCAUCCAGCGAUCGACGGGCUGCGACCACAUGACAUGCAAUCGCUGCAGAACACACUUCUGCUACAAAUGCGGUGGCCGCUUCAUCGAUAUUCCAGGUCUGGGGGACCACCACAUGAACACGAGCAUCUUUGGAUGCAAGUACAACUACCUCCCGAGCGAACCAAUAAAACGAAGGGCUCUACGAGGAGGUUAUUUCGGAGCCAAGAUCGCAGGAUUAACGGGGUACCCUGUUCUGUUUGUGGGCGGUGUGGCAGUAUUAGUGGUAGUUGGAGCAGUCGCGCUGCCAAUCUACGGAGGUUACAGACUGUACAAAUUCAAGAAGAACACAAGUCGAACGAGAAGACAGUGGAGGAGAAGGCAUUGAGACUCUCUGCCAUAUGUGUGUGUCUUUUUUGUGAAAUGUGUGUCGCAGUAUAUGUGUGCUUUUGUGUGUUAGUUUCUGAGUGUGUUUGUGUAGAACUGUGUGUGCAUUUUGCACCAUACAAAAAAGACUUUCAGCAUCUCUCGCAAGUUAUGCUCAGUUUCGAUUUACCACACCUUUUAAAAUAUACCCAUGUCCAGCAAAAGACACAUCACAUUGCUGUACAUGAACUAUCUCUUAUGCCAUGUUCAACAAUUUAUACCUUCGUGCGUCUGUUCUUUAGCUAGGAGUGACGAUACUUAUCUCUGCUCUCUGCAACGCUCAAGACCCUCUUAACGCUGUCCCUGCUGGUUCUCCCCUUGUGUCUGUCUCUCUCCCUUGACUCUGAGUGUCCGCUGUGUCGCCUGGCUCGGCUGGCUGACCUUGAUCUCUUUCUCGACCCCACUCUCUCUCUGCUCCUAGAUCUGCGAGAGUGUCUUCUUGACUUCUCCUUGCCCUUGGUUCCUCCCGAGCUUUCUUUGAAACUGGAUCCUCGAUCACCACAAUGCUUGUGUGAAGACCUCGAAUC